CGCGGUGCGUCACGCGAGCUGCGGCGCGACCUCCUGGCUCCCGCCCGCCUCCGCCGCACGCACGCGCACUGCGCCCAGCAUGAGGGUCGCGGCUCUGAUCAGUGGUGGGAAGGACAGCUGCUAUAAUAUGAUGCAGUGCAUUGCUGCUGGGCAUCAGAUCGUUGCUUUAGCAAAUCUAAGACCAGCUGAAAACCAAGUGGGGUCUGAUGAACUGGAUAGCUACAUGUAUCAGACAGUGGGGCACCAUGCCAUUGACUUGUAUGCAGAAGCAAUGGCUCUUCCCCUCUAUCGCCGAACCAUAAGAGGAAGGAGCUUGGAUACAAGACAAGUGUACACCAAAUGUGAAGGUGAUGAGGUUGAAGAUCUCUAUGAGCUUUUGAAACUUGUUAAGGAAAAAGAAGAAGUAGAGGGGAUAUCAGUAGGUGCUAUACUUUCUGACUAUCAGCGUAUUCGAGUGGAAAAUGUGUGUAAAAGGCUUAAUCUCCAGCCUUUAGCUUACCUUUGGCAGAGAAACCAGGAAGAUUUGCUCAGAGAGAUGAUAUCGUCUAACAUUCAAGCAAUGAUCAUCAAAGUAGCAGCUUUGGGCUUAGAUCCUGAUAAGCAUCUUGGGAAAACCCUGGAUCAAAUGGAGCCUUAUCUCAUAGAGCUUUCUAAGAAGUAUGGAGUACAUGUUUGUGGAGAAGGUGGAGAGUAUGAAACUUUCACUUUGGAUUGCCCUCUAUUUAAGAAGAAAAUAAUUGUGGAUUCGUCAGAAGUAGUCAUACAUUCAGCUGAUGCAUUUGCACCUGUGGCUUAUCUACGCUUUUUAGAAUUGCACUUGGAGGACAAGGGCAGAACGUCAUAAAAUAAGCAGAAUUACAAAUUUGAUUAUCAAACUCUGUUGGAGAAGUCCUGUAUCUUACUGGGCAAAUUGCCCUGGUACCUUGCACAAUGAAAUUUGUUCAUGGUGGAAUACAAACAAAAGCUACUCUGUCCUUAAGCCGUACCCUGAAAAUCCUGGAAGCUGCACACAGAAGCACCAGACUUCAGCACACUUUCAUGGUUCACUGUUAUGAAAUGUUAUGUUAAUGAACAGCCAGCUCACUGCCAUUGCUCUGGAUACCUGGCAGAACUUAAAGACCUAUUAAAAGGUACCUACAGUAUCUAUUUUAUUUCUAGCCUACCAAAGAGCAAUUUAUGAAAAGGUUUUAUUCAGACAAUAUCAAGUCUCAGUGCACUUCAUAAGGGUUUGAACUAAAUCUGGAAUAAUAAGGUUUGAUUGAGCUGUUAUGUUCUGCCUCGUAAUUGGCUGUGCACAAUUGAGAAAGAAAAUUACUUGAUAGAAACUUAUAGUCAUCACUAAUUUUAUCUUAAUUCCCCAAUGCAAUAAGUUAAGAGUUCUUUACAAGCAGCUUAAAGUUUUUAGAAACUGUUGAAAUAUACUAUUUAAAAAUAUUUCUGCCCAUGUAUCACAUUAUGCUUUCUGGUGAGGGAGGUAAUUUUUCUGAUAUUUUAUUCACUUGGGCUAAGAUUCAUCUUAUUUCUCCAAGAACAUUUAAAAAGGACCACAUUUUUUCCAUUCUUCUAAAAUAGUAACUGAGUUUUUGUUUUCUAAUAUGAUAUUUGUGCCCUGGUGUGGGGUUGGAACUUUUAGUUAUCCCACAGAUAUCAAAAGUAGUUUCUGAAAUAUAUUGACUUUAGAUUAUGCCAUAAUUUAUACUAUCACAUCAUCGGAAAGUAAGACUUUUAAGUUAAACAAUUGAGUAAGCUGACGAUUAGAAUAUAGAAGGAACAAGUAUCUGUUCUUUGCUGAGGUUAAGAACUACAUUGGCAAUACCAUCAUUAUUUGCAGAUAAUAUUAUCUACCUAGUAAACCCAUGAGACAUGAACUAUGAGAAAAAUUAAUAUGAGUUAAAUAAGAUUGCUAAGUAAAAAGGAAAUAUAACGAAAAUCUUUUACCUUCUAACUAUCAGCAGUAACCAACUUAAAAAAUCUAAUGGGGGAAAAAGACCAUGUGCACAGUAGCAUGAAAACUAUUAAGAAAUUUCAGGACUGCUCUAAAGAAAACUAUAAAUCUUUCUGGGAGGAUGACACUUUUAAAAAGUGAAAAGAUAUACCUUGUUUCUGAUUUAAAAUAAUUUAAAGAUACCUGUUUUCUACAAUUUUAUUUUUAAAAUAAAUUUAAUUUUAUUAGAAUCAAGUCUCCCAUGGAAUACACUUAACAAAAUGGUUCUGAAGUGUAUAUAAAAAAGAAUAAAGCUGGCAAAAAUAGCCUGAAAGUUUUUGCCAAAAGAAGAAAUAAGAGGGGUAUGGGGAAAGAGAAGAGGAAGAAUAAGAAAGUCUUACACCGCCAAAUAUUAAAAUAUAUUGUAAAGAUACAAUUAAAAUCAUGUAGCACUGGCAUAGUAACAGAUAAGAAUCAGUGGCUCAAACACGACAUUUCUCUAAAUUAUGUGCUUUCACAUUUGUGGAACUGCUAGUGUCUCUUUUGAUCAGAAGGGAAGAUGAGGUCAUGCUGCCUCUUGCAGAUUUGGCAAACCUUUUUUGGAGUUAGUACCCUGGUUUUCCUGAAUGAGCCUUCUAGAUGCUGCACCUGCUAACAGGUGGAGUUUGCAAGCAGUCAGCUCUAGCUGCCUCUUAAUUUAAUUAUGACACUUGUGGUUUUAAUGAAUCUGAUUGUGUCUAAGGCUUGCUUGCAUAUCUGAGAGUCUUUUCCCAUAACUCCUGGGGUCUAUGGAAUUCUUCUAAAUGUUGCUUUCUUCAACUGAUAGAGAAAAUACUUUCUGAAUUUGUGCUUUAUUUUAUUUUUGCUGUGGCUGACACAUUUGAAAUUGAGUUAUUUCACAGAAUCUCCCCCGCCACCACCUCCAGGGACUUCGUUUGGUAUUCAAUGUAAGCUAAAAAUAAAAUGAUAUAAAAUUUCAAAUUAUUUAAGCUAAACUUAAGUUUUACUAUAAACAUAUUUAUUCAUAAUGUAUUUCUUCUCACUUAUCCACAGAUGUGGAUCCCAAUUUAACAUGAGUUUCACCAGUAAACAGUUUAUAGAAUAUUUUCAGUGAGGCUAGUAGGCAAAACAAGUUCUGGUCAUCAUAACAGAGCUUGAAAAAUAAAGGUAAUUUCUAGGCAUGCCAACUAUACUCAUCUUAUAACUAAAUGUAUUACAAAUUCCCACAUCAAAAAGAAAAUUUGAGAAUUCCAGUUGUGGUAUUUAAUUUCCAGUUUAGUUAAUGUCAAGUUAGGCACUACUUACAGUAAUUUGCUACAGAAUCAUCAUCUGUCAUUAUUUUAAGAAAAUACAUUUAUAGCUAAGAAGAAAAUUAGUUUGGGAAAGAUCAUUUUGCGCAGUUGAAAUCUAUAGACUGUAUUACAAGUUAUAAAGAAUGUAUCUAAUUUUGCUUUAAAAACAACUUGCUAUUAGAUGUUAAAUUAUCAUUUUAUAAUUUUCUAUGAAGUGAAAGAAAAGUGUUUUUAAUUUAAUUACCCCUGCCUAAAGGAUAUUCUCAUGGGGAUGAUUAUUAUAGUAAUAAUAGAGUGUAUUCUUAUUGGAAUGAUUAGUAUAGUAACCAAAACAUAUCAUAAUAAGCCAUUGUACUCUUUCCAGGAAUCUUUUGGUUCUUUGGUUUUCUUUGGAGGUGCUAAGUGAGUACAGGACUGACACAAUGUUAUUCAACAUGCAGAUACUUUUUAGGAUCAUAAUGUUGGUUGUUUUUACUAAUUCAGGUCGGGCUUGAUGGCUCAUGCCUUUAAUUCCAGCACUUUGGGAGGCCAGGGGGGAGGAUCCCUUGAGCCCAGGAGUUCGAGACCGGCCCUGGCAACAUAGCAAGACCCUGUCUCUACAAAAAAAAUCAAAAAAUUAGCUGGGCAUGGUGGCACACACCUGUAGGCCCUUCUACCUAGGAGGCUGAGGUGGGAGGAUCACUUGAGCCUAGGAGGUCACAGCUGCAAUGAGCUAUGAUCGCACCUCUGCAUUCUAGCCUGGGCAACAGACUGAGAAUCUAUCUUAAAAAAAAAGCUUUACUAAAUUGACAGUUUCAAAUUAAGUAUUAUCUUGUGUUUCUCCUUUUUCCAUAUCUUUUUAAUGGCAGUGUCAUAUGAUAUGAUGGUUUUAUGAGUUGUUAUGCCUCAUUCAUCAGAGUAAUCAAUGGGGAAAGGAGGCUUAUGGUUGUAGUCCAUUUGUAUUGGAUAGGACAGAUGGCAUUAUUGAUAAAUGGAACUAUUCCAAAUAUUUAUUGUAUAAGAAUAUUACAAGGACUCUGAAUUCUGAAUUUUAAUACCUUUAGUUUCUAAAGUAAUUGGCAAAUAAAGUAUUUAGUUACCAUGUAUCCAUUUAAUCAUAUCAGUGUGUGAAUUUAGCAUUAAUUAUCUUUCAGUUAAUAUGUGAUGGGUAUUUCUCUUUCAAGGCUUUGUGGUUACUUAUCUGAAUUCUGACUAAGCUAUCACUUUGGUCUUGAGUAUUUUAAAGUUAAAAACAAUAUUUGGAGCAGACACUUACUAAGUUCAAGAUAGGAUCUCAGAAGUGACAGAAGCAAAGAUUCCACAGCAUUUCCCCUGCAUUAUCACCUUUGUCCUGUAGGAGGCAGAGAGGGAAAGAGCAGUCUUAGGUCUCUUUACAUUUGCCUCUUUCAUAAGUUUCUACUCUCAAUAGAUUUCCUAAAAUUAUGUUCUAAUAUAACUGUGGACAUAAGGACAUAAUGAUAUGAUUCAGGUUCCAAUUAAAUUUUAUUUUCUCCAUUUGGAAUUCAGUCAUUUGAAGAAGGGUUAAUGCUGGUGUAGUAUCCUUAACGUACCAGCCUCCAAAAUCUUUGGCAUCAUUCCAAAAUCAUAUUCACACUAGUAAAAAUAAACAAAAUCCAGAGGACUUCACUUUUUAUCAUAUAUAUUUUUGUAUUGUUUAAAUGCAUACUAAAAGCAUAUAGCCAUGCCUUAUUUUUGCAAUCGCAAAGUUACAAAUGAUAGUUUUAGUCAUUCUAAAACUUCUGUUACCAUUGCUUUAUUUCUCAAAUACUACCAAAUCUGUUACUGAAGUCUGGCACGUGUUUAAAGACUGCUAGGAGCUCUCUGAUAGUACCUCAAGGUGGCUUGCUAUUUUAUUUAGAAAGCAAUAUAAAUUAUUUAAUGGUAGUGACCACUUUUUCCAAACCAAGAAUCAAUACAUAUUGCCCGACAGUGGGAUUAUUUUUUAAAUUGUGGAUUUGUUAUUGUGAAAAUAUUACAAAGGUUAGAAACUAAAGGUUUUUACAUGUAGUUAUAAAUUUAUUACCUUCAUUAAUGACUGACACCACUCAAUUCUCAGUAUUUAUUCUAGCACACUGUCUUGCACAUAGCAAAAACUCAAUGUUGAUUGCUAUAUUGAGAAAUAAAACAGAGUGGUGUACAUCCAAAAAGACAAUUGGAAAUAUAAAAAUUUAGUUAUAUGCUUUCAAAAUAGUAGUGUAAUCCCACUAAUCAAAUAGAAACUUUAUACUAAAUUUUGAUAAGAUCAAUCUUUUUAAAGGAUUCUUAUAAAAAUAGGCUAUGUAAAUUAUAUUGAAAGAGUAAGUUGGCCAAGCUUUAUUUAAUUUAAAAUAUCUUAUAGUGUUCAAUGGGCCAAGAGGAUAAAGUAAGUUAGACCUAUGUAAACAUAUCCCAUUCAAGAUAGACUCUACUGUAUGAUUUAGGUCAAAAUAACAGCAGUUGUGUUCCUACUGCCCUGGCAAGUACAAAUGGACAAAAUACACCCUGAUAACUCCAGCUACCUUCAAAACUCUAGGACUACUUCAAUGAUUAAAAUGGCAUAGAGAAUAUUCUGAUAGAACUCUCAGGACCAAUAAUAAACCAACAAAAAGACCAGCAUUCAUUGAAUUGGUAUGGAAUUUGAAAUAUUUUACAUGUAUUUUGUUUUUUUUAAAAAUCAAAGUCUAAGUAAUAUAAAAGACGUGUAUUUUGUGGUUAAUAAAGCCUUUUAUGUCCUUUAUUUAUGGAAUCACAUAUAUGAGUGCUUUCCAAUAGAAUUCUGGAAGAAUUUUUACUCUGAACUUUGUAUCUACACUUGCAGCCCUUAACCUUCCCUGAUCUUUUCUCAAUUUCUCACUGUCCGUGUUUCUCUCUUCCUUUGUCUCUCUUCCUUCUGUAUUCACUUACACAUUGAGAGACAGCAAAAUGCAGACAGACACAAACACAGCUAUUACUUUGAAUAACCAAACAAGAAAACUUCCUCACAGGCAACUCUUCAAUGUGGUUAUGUUGUGGUUGUUUUAGGAAGAUUUCAUUUCUCCCCUAUUAUUUUAAAUUUUGUAUGUUGGGAGAGACUAUGUUAUAUCACUUCUUUGACGGAGAAAAGAAAAAGUCUCUAGAACGCAGGAGUUUGAUUACAUUUAUAGUGAUUCAAUUACUCCUUUUACUGUAUUUUGCUAGAGGUUUUUCUCAUGAAAGUUCUUAUCCAGAGUUUUGGGCAUAACCCAUCUUGUCCCCUCAAAAAAGAUCAUACGUUCCUAAAAAUAAGACAUGAAAACUACAUCUCAGCAUUUAAUUUGUGUUCUUAGAAUUAUAUAUGGCCUCCAACAUUUUUUUAGACAAACUAAGAAUGUUAAAAUUGCAUUUCAGAUAACCAAGUCCUGGGUGAAAGCAAAUUUUCUUUAUAUUUUAAGGGCACUAGAAUAUGUAUCCAACUAAUCUUCUUUAAAGAUGUCAUAUGCUUACAGGGGAAAUAAUAAGAGGACGCCCAAUAAUAAAUUUCUAAAUUUAGCCCUGAGUUAUUUGGACUUUGCUUUAAUCAAAUUUAUCUGAAACAUUUUUUUCCAAGCCUUAAUUUCUGAAGACAGGAUGAUGGUAAUUGAUCACGCUGCUGAAUAAUUUUGGCAUAUUAAGGCAGUGUAUAAGCUGACAUUCUUUAACAAAAGCAGCCUGUCAACUAUGGUGCACUUAAGUACAGGAAAGAUUGAUGUUUGCCAAAUGUAAAAUCAGAGAGAAGAAAAAAUAUUUUCAAGUUUAAAGGAUUGCUAACAAUGAAAGAGAAAAAUAAAUAAAAAUUUAGAUGUACAAUAUUGUUGUACCUUGUCAAGGAAGUGUUAAUUGAAAACAGGCCUCCUUUUAAAACAUAAUAUAAGAUCUCCACCAAAAGACUACUCAAGAGUCUGACAAUUAAUGAAAAAGUAGAAUUUUAAAGGUACAAAGUGAUGGCUGACAUUAACAAAAAUUGUGCUGUUACAUUAUCAAAAUGCUAUGCCCUAGAUUGCAUUGUCAAUGCUUUCCUACAGAUUAAUUAAUAUAAUUGGUUAUGUUAUUCACAGAAAGCUGAGUUUUGAAAAAUAUCAGUAUGAAAUCAUGUGAUUCAUAAAUUUAAUCAUAAAUUUAAUAGCUAAAAUACUCCAUCAUAAUUUUAACAGCUAAAAUAUGCAGGUUGCUGUUUAUGCUGCAUAUCAGGUUUAUGACAUUUAUUUGGUAGCUAUAUAUUGUUUUGAAUUUGCAAUAAUUUGAGUUAUUAAAAUGCAGUUUACUUAUGAUCCACGUUGAGAACAUACGGUACAUUCAUAUGACUAGGUAGCAUUGGAUCUUUCAUCUCAGAGUGGUAUGUUUCAUUUGUAGUGACUGUAAUGAGAAUAUUUAACGUGGGUCAAAUGGGGAAUAGUGGCACCCUGGAAGUGCUUAUAAAUAAAUUUCUUUUUUUUGAAUAUAUCAUUCCAUAGUGUAAUUGAAAAAGAUUACCACUCCUUGUUUAAAGAUGUUAUAUUGUUUUAUUUGUGAAUCCAAUGAAAUGUUUGGCAGAAAAGAACACAAAUUGCUCAGAUGAAUUUUAGAAAAUAAGACAUCUGAAUCAAGCAGUAAGACAUUUUAAAUACAUGAGAUACUAUUAACAGUGUUUACCUACAGAAAAUAAGAUAUUUAUAUCUAUAUCUAUAUCUAUAUAUAACUUUUAAAAACUAUUAAUGUUUCCUUUUUAUUCCCAUGAUGGAAAGUGAAGGAAAAUUAUAUUUACUUGCCCACAGACAUGGGAAAGAAAUACCUGGCAGAGCUAUGUACCACAACAGAUUUUUUUAGACUCCUUUUUCCCUGAAGCAAUCUUUUUAUUUGAGCACUGUAAGUGAUUUUCCAUCUUUCUCACUGAAGUGCUCAGGUAUAUUAGCGCCUCUCUCCUUCUCGGGACAUUGACUCUGUUAAAAGCAAGAGAAAAUACGUUAUUUCUGUGUGCUGGUUGUGUCUCCUCUCAUGUUUAAAAAAUAAUAAUAAUUGCUGAACAAGAUCAGCCUGCAUACAAAAACUGACCUGUCACUGAAUGACCAGCUACUGAAAACCCAUUUAAAAAUUAUAUUUGAUUGAAUGGUAUCACCUGAUCUUAGAGAAAGAUGCUGUACAAAAGAAUGCUAGUGUCAAUAAAAUUCAUUGAGCUCUAAAUGAUAUUCUGAAACUGCUUUAGAGCUAAAACAUAUCCAGUGACUGCUCAGGGCUAGUUUACACUGUCUUGGAAGAAUAUGAUAAGUUGGGUCAAUGUUGCAGGUGUAAUAGGCUAAAAUAAUACAACAUUUUCUAAUACAGUUGCAGGCUUCUCCCCUAAGUGGAAAUUUAUUUAUGUUGAGCACAUUCUAGAUUGGAAGCUUGUUUUGAACAUUCCAAUAAAUACAGCAAUUACUUCAGGAAACACAGAACUUGUUGCUUCCUCUAAGAAUUAUUAAAGAAGGUGAGGCCUUCUAUUUGGUAAACUCUCUGUGGUAACAUGAAAGUUCUGCUGUAUAGCCACCAUCCUUGAUCUUCUCAAUACCAUUAGAAGUGAAUUAAUACAGUUACUAUUUAUUGUUUAUGCAUGAUGAAGGCCUUUCAAACGUGCCUAGAAAACAGCCACUAUAUUGUAAAUAGCAGAGACAGUCUACAUCAAUAUCUGGAAUGAGGCAAGAAUGCACAGAAUUCUAUAUUUUAAGAUUAUAUAUAGAUAGAUUAUAUCUAUAAUUUAAGAUUAUUCUGGAAGUUCUAGACAAUUCAGUACUGCAAUGAACUUAUAAAAGAUGUGCUACAAAAAAGGAAAGAAAAUUCUCAUUUUCAGGAAAUAUAUCAUCAGGGCUUAUUCACCCUAUUUCAGAAGAAUAUGCUAAGUUGAGAUAAUGGGAAUGGACUGACAUAACAGACUUUUUCUAGUACAGUUUCAGGCUCCUACCUUACAUAAAUGUAUAGUUACGUUGAACACAUUUCAACAUAGAAAAACCCAAAUGGAUCAACUAAAAAAACCACUUGUACUGAAAAGAAUUAGUUAAAAUGGCAGGAUAGAAAAUAUAUAAUAUAUUUUAAAUUUUUAAAUACAUCACUAUCUUGAUUUGGGGGUGGGAAAGAAGAAAAAUAAAUUUGUGGUAAUAAUCUCAAUUAUCAAAUACCCGGUAAUAUCCUGAAUAAGAAUUGCACAAGACUCUUGUCUGGAAGGAAUUAUAAAACUUUAUUGAGCAACAUGCAAAAAGACAAAUAAAUGUCAAGAAUUAUGCUUCUAAAUGGGAAUAUUGUAAAGAUAGCAAUUAAUGUACAGGUAUGCCUUUAGUAUAUCAGGCAAAAUCCUAGUGGUAUUAUUUUAAAAACAUGAAAUAACUUUUUAAAUGGUCAGGAUUCAGAAUAGCAAAAGAUAAUUUUUAAAACAUUAUAAAGGGGAAUAGAAUUGAUUAAAUAUGAAAAUAUGUUCUUGCACUACAAUAUUUAGAGUGGUAUGGUACUACUGCACCUAGAAUCCAUACAAAGAUCAAUUGAAUGGAACAGAUAAACAUAAAACUAACCCCAGUAUUUCUAUGAACCAAAUAUGACUAGGAAUAUUCCAAUAAUAGAGAUAGGGUAGAUUAUCCGGUGAAGGAUAAUGUAAGAUUUUGCUAGAAUUUGGGGAGAAAAAAAGAAUGAUACAAUGAAAUUCAGACAUCAAGUAUAAUUUUUGCAGAAUUUUAAAUUAAAUAUAAAUACUCAUAAAAUAGAAAAAAUAUGAAAAUAUUUAUACAGUAUGAGCCUAGUCAGGUAAAAUAUGUGUGUAUACAUAUGCACAUGGAAAAUCAACUGGUAAGUAUUAUACCAAAAUGAUAGAAAUGGUAAAAAAAAAAAAAAAGAGGGAAAUUAUUGGUAUAAUUGCAGGUGAUUUUAGUUUUCUUUUUUAUAUAUUUUUAUAAUUUACAACUUUGUUCUUUAAUUAUAAUAUAUUCCACAAUUAGAAAAAUAAGUUAUUCUCUUUGGUCCUUAAAGCAAUCAUCAUGUUAUCCAAGUACAUACCAAAUAUUAAGUAUUUUUUACAUAAAACAAUUGCAGACUUGCUUCAAGAUGAUACAAUUUUGUCAUUUUUAUUUUUAUUAUUUUUUUCUUUUUUUAAUCCAUGAACAGAUGCAUGGAUGUUGUUAUUUUUAAUCUACAAAAUAGGAAGGCUUUCCUUUUCUUCUUCCUUUAUGAUAUAUAAUUAGAAUGAGAACUGGAAGCAGGGAGCACACAGCAAUAUUCACCAUUGUCUUUCCAACACCUGGCACAAUGCCUAACAUAUAGUAGGCAUGCAGCAAAUAUUUGACUAAAGAAAUAACUAAUUAAUUAAUAUAAAACUAGCCAAUUUUCAAAGAAUAUUGAUGAAAUGAUUCUUUCAAAUAAUCUUUUUUAAUGUCAGUCUUUUUUUAGGAUACAAUCCAACAAAGGAGUUUCAAUGCUAGUAUCUAAUGUAGACCAAUUCAAAAUGUUCCUGCUUUUAUUUGUAGACCACUUCUCUAGACACAGUACAGUGCAAAAAGCAAGAUGUGAAAAGACCAAAGAAAUAUCUCACCACCUUCCAUUUUGCCAGAAUUCCAUUUUGCCCCAGAAUUCUGUAAUCUUCCUGGGAAAUUUUUGUUUGGAAAACAAAUCUCCCUUAAGUUAUAACACCACCUGUUGUUCCAAACCCUCUCUCUCUCAUCUUCUUUCUUUCUCUGUCUUCCCUAGAAUCUCUGGGCAUUUGGCUUGCAGUUGGAGAACCCAAGCCAAUUUCUUUUGAGGAGGUUUAUUUCUUAUUAUUAUUUCUUAUUUAUUUCUUAUUUUUUUGGAGGAGGCCACAGUGACUUCCUCCAUGGGAAAAGAGAGACCACUAUACUGUAUCUCUACCUUGGAGAGCACAACUUUUAAUUCUUAGAGAGCCAUUUUGCAUUAAUAGAAACACCCUGGGAUCUGCACUGUAAUGACAUCACAAUUUUGGAUGCUCUCUAAGCCCUGGUGGCCUCAUCUUGAGAGGUGUAUUUUUUUUUCUUUCUUCCAUUACAUAUGCACUCUCCUAUUGCUUUCCAGGACAACAGUAUUGCCCUGUUCUGUUCAGAGAGGUACUUUUCCCACCAAAAGCCAUUUUGUCUUGUGUUGUAGUCAAAUAUCCCCAUUCUUUUUUUUUCUGACAUAAACAAUCUCUAGAUAAAAACUUGAUAAUCUGUCAUCUUUGAUUUACAUUUUAAAAUAGCAUGAUAUGAAAAAGAAUCAUUCUAGAAGUCAAGAUAUUUGGAUUCUUGUCCUUACUGUUUUUCUCUCAGCCAGAUGUUAAAAUGCAUAGCAGUUAAAUGAACUGUAGUCUCAAUUUUUCUUAAGAAAUAUCUUAAUAUCUUCUACCUCUAACAAUCUUUGAUUAUUUCAUUAAUUUUUUGCUCAAUCAAUGGCAUUUACUGAAUUCUUAAUUUCCUAGUACUGUGUAAGGUAUUUAUUUGGGGUACACAAAUGACUGAGAUUCUCUUCUAUUAUACAAGAUUCAUUGCUUUUUUCAUGAAACUGUGAGGGAGACAAUUAUUUUAUAACUGAAAUGUUUAAUCUUGAUUUCUGACUGAGCUUCUUAGGGACUUUGUAAACUAGAGCAUUAAGUUUCAUGAUAUCAUUCUGUCAAGAAGACAACAAAUUGGCUGGGCGUGGUGGCUCACGCCUGUAAUCCCAGCACUUCGGGAGGCUGAAGUGGGUGGAUCACCUGAGGUCAGAAGUUAGCCUAGCCAACUUGGUAAAACCCCAUCUCUCCUAAAAAUACAAAAAUUAGCUGGGCAUUGUGGCGGGUGCCUGUAGUCCCAGCUACUCAGGAGGCUAAGGCAGGAGAAUCGCUUCAACCUGGGAGGUGGAGGUUGGAGUGAGCUGAGAUUGUGCCACUGCACUCCAGCUUGGGCAACAAAAGCGAAUGAAACUCCAUCUCAAAAAAAAAAAAGAAGAAGAAGAAGACAACAAAUUAUUUUUUAAAUGAUUCCUGUACUUAAAAGUAUUUGAAGUGUUACUAUUUAUAGGAAUGCAUUUAUACUUUUAUAAUCACAUCCUGGCUGUACUUAUAGUAAGACGCUACCUAUAUUCAUCUUGUAAGAAUCACUUUUGAUCAAGCAACUUUCUUGCAUGAUGAUUUUUCAGAUAAAGACUUUUGGGCCUGUUAUGCUAUUACUUUCAAAACAUACGAAGAUACACCUUUGGUGUCUUUUAAGAAAAACUUAGUACAUUUCCUAUUUGUUCACCAGUUGAAAUUGCUUUUAAAGGAAAGAAUAGCCAGAUUGCUUUCCAAGAUGAAUAGUACUGUCUUACACUUGACUGGAAGAGUAGAAUAAAUGAAUAAUUUUGUAUGCAAGUUUCUUGGUUUACUUACAACUUUCUGCUAAGACUCCAGAGACCUUUAAGCAAGGAUUCCACCAAUUACAUUUGUUGUCUGUAUGUGUAUAUAUUUUUUCCAGAAAGCAUAUGUUAGUAGGGCUAUUAAGCAAUUAGCUUCAUGCAUAUAGAUAGUUCAUUUUGCACCAAACCAUAUGAUGUGAUUGGAAUUUAUAGAAAACCAUCUUUCUUGCCAGAAAUUGAGGCAAGUUAAUUCUCUAGUUUGGAGAAGUAUGGUCUUAUGACUGCAAUCUGUAGCCUUAAAAAUUAGAAGCCUAGUAUUCUUUAUUUGAUAGCUUAGAAAAAAAUGAAUAAAAUAUAAAAGUUUUGUUUUUAUU